UACAAUGGUUGCCCAUACAGUGCUUCUUGACUUCUCAGUUUCAUCUGAUGUGGUGUUAGAUGAAAAGAAACGUUCCAAUCUAAAAUCAGCAAUAGCUAACGUGCUUCAAGAACAUUUCAAUGGCUUGAAGCCACUAACUGAAUCGAAUAUUGAUGGUAGCUUCUUGGUCCUGUACACAGGUCCCAAGGGUAGUCUAAUCACUGUUCGGGGAUACACCGAAGGAUUAAUUACCAUUAACAUUGAAUAUUAUAAGAGAGACGAAGAGGAAGCGCUAUUGGACUUCGAGUUGCCUCUCAUGGAUAUCAAAUGUGAAAUCAGCGUUUGUAUUUCUCAAACAUGGGGUCAUUACAAGGUACAUUUUGUUACAUAUAAAUUAAUGAUACAUGCCAUAAAAAUCGCUGCACUAAAUAUGCUUCGAAGAAACUAUCUUAAAAGUAUAAACGAGAAAAGAAAAGAAAUCAAUUCGCGAUUUUUCAUUUACUGACCUUUUGCCGUUGUCACGUCGCUAAGCCUCAAGAUAAAAAUAAUGUAAAGAGGUCGUCGUUUCUGAUGAAUACUAUUAAUAGAGAUAAGUAAAAAAUUUUACCUAUAUUUGCGGAAGAAAUGCGCGUAACAAAGAGGACCUUGUAGCAGAGGCGAUACCUGGAAGCGGACGUUGCGAUGGCUCUGAACAGCCAACGCAGCAAGCGCCUGCCACCAGUAAGGCGAGGAACCAUAUAUGACCUCUAUCUGACACUAUCAGGUAGAAACCAUUUCCCCAAUUCGUUCCUAAUUUUUUAGUUAUUCUAUAGCACCUUACAGAACGUGAGAAUCGUUUCCGUUGUUGCACUCUUAAAGAGAAAAAGAAAAUGCCAACAGUGCCUUCCGAUCGGUUACGAUUUUUUCCCGGUUGACGUGUACUCUAUUUCGUUUUUGCUUCCCCGUCCCUACCCCCCGCCACAGCCCAGACGGUGUUUCUGUUUAAUUUUUCCGCAAAAGGGACGUCGAAGAGAAUGGCUAUUGAUUGACACGUCUAAAGAGGAUAGCUGUUGCGAUUAGUUUAACAAGAUAGUUUCUGUUUUUUUUUAUUCGUCCGGGGUUCGCUUGUCGCGGCCACCUUUAGUUGGCCAGAGAAUUGGAGACAGCGUUGCAGGCGGCGGCAGCCUCUACGCGUUCGCACUCGCUUUCACCGAUUAAACGCGGCGGACCUUUUGACAGAUACUUUCCUACCGCCGGUGAGUUUUUUUAUUUAUUAUUCUGUUUACGGUAACAAAGCCGGGGACAUUUAUUGUACCCGCAAAAUGGAUUGAAACACUAUUAUCAUGCGCCGUUAACAAUACAUAAGUGCUUCUCGAUUUCGGCGUAACACAUUAUAUUAUUAAUGUACAUUAUUUACGUUAUUUGUCGCGCGGAAGAUGCGUCAAGGUUUAUCGCUUCAUCGUUGUUCAAAACAAAGAAACGGUAUAUGAUUCGUCUCAAUUUUUGCUUCAAUUUUUAAUAACAUUUGAUUUCACUAUAUCUCUUUUUCGAUUAAAGGACACCAUGUAAACUACUUUCAUAUUUUUCGCUUGAUCAGUCUUUUGUUGCAGUAUGUAUCUAAGUAUAAUAAGUUGUAAAUCGAUGAAUACAUAAGAAACUGUGUAUGCGAGAUAGUCUCGUCAUCUUCAAUGGUUGUAAGAGCUAUAAUUAAUUCUGCGGU